AUGUUAGUAGGAAGGUCUGGAAAAGGGAAAACGAGUACAUACCAAACACUUCUUUCUGCCUUGGAAAGUGUUGAAUCUGUUGAAUCCGUUUGCCAUGUUCUAGAUGCAAAAAUUAUAUCGAAGGACACAUUGUUCGGUUUUCUUGAUGCGACCACUCGCGAAUGGACUGAUGGCAUAUUUACUAGUAUUUUGAGGAAAAUUGUCGAAAAUUUACGUGGCGAAAAUAAGAAGAGAUAUUGGAUCAUCUUCAAUGGAGAUGUUGAUCCUGAAUGGGUUGAAAAUUUAAACAGUGUUCUGGAUGAUAACAAGGUAUUAACUCUACCCAAUGGUGAAAGAAUUGAACUGCUCGCAAAUGUCCGUCUGAUUUUUGAGGUUGAAAAUCUCAAAUAUGCCACACCUGCUACUAUUAGUAGAUGCGGAAUGAUAUGGUAUGGCGAUGAUAUUGUAAACGCCUCAAUGUACUUCCAGUCAGAAUUACAUCGACUUAAGCGGUCAGAUAUUGAAGAUACAGAAGAUGAGCCUAUUCCUAUUUCGACUGAAAUGACUCGAGAGCGAAUUCUUGAUCGAGUAAAUGAAAUGCUUCAUAAAAUUUUCCAAGAAACCUCUAUUGAAGAUAUCAUCGUCAAAGCAGAGCAGCUUGUGCACAUAAUGGAAUUUUCGUAUUCGAGGGCAAUUUCGAGCUUCUUUUCAUUGCUGAAAUCAUCUUGUUUGAAUUAUCAACGAUUAAAAUCCCAAGAUGAUUUCGCACCAUCACAGGAGCUGAUUGAUGGAUAUAUACUUCGCACAAUUCUUAGUUCCCUCCUAUGGUCUUUUUCUGGGGACAGCUCUUUAGAAGAUAGAAAGAAGUACGGGAAAUACCUCUUGCAGUUAGCUCCGUUUGUGAACUCCUCGCCCGCAGAUCCAUUUGACAGUUUACUUGAUUUUGACGUUUCGGCUGAUAAUGGACAGUGGAUUCCGUGGGUUAAUCGGGUUCCUCAAGUCGAACUUGAGUCACAAGCAGUCGUAUCCACUGAUGCUGUCGUACCGACCAUUGACACACAGCGUCAUCAAGAUCUUAUUUAUAGGCUACUCCAAGACCAUAAACCAGUCUUGCUCUGCGGACCCCCUGGUUCUGGUAAGACUAUGACUCUGUUUAGUGCUCUUCGCCAGUCUCGAAACAUGGAUGUUAUGGGUUUGAAUUUUUCUAAGUCGACCACUCCUACCUUGCUGAUAAAGUCCUUGGAGCAACAUUGUACUUAUCAUAGAACCAUUAAUGGAACCGUUCUCUCCCCUACUCAAAUUGGUCGUUGGCUAGUUGUAUUUUGCGAUGAAAUUAAUUUGCCCGCCAAUGAUAAGUAUGGAACUCAAAGAGUUAUUUCAUUACUGCGCCAGAUGAUUGAGGAGAAUGGUUUUUGGAAAGAAGAUGAAAGAAAAUGGGUGUCUCUGUCCCGUGUUCAAUUUGUCGGAGCUUGUAAUCCACCGACGGAUGCUGGGCGAACACCCUUGUCGGCAAGAUUUCUAAGACAUACAGCAAUAAUACUUGUGGAUUCUCCAGGAACACUGUCUUUGGAGCAAAUAUACCUUACCUUUAACAGGUCUAUUCUUAAAAGUAUCCCCUCCUUGAGGCAUUUCUCUGACAGCUUAACUAAUGCGAUGAUAGAGGUAUUCGUAAGAUCGAAAGAACACUUUACAUCGCAACAAAGUAGCCAUUAUAUUUAUAGCCCUAGGGAGCUGACAAGAUGGUGUAGGGGUAUUUUUGAGGCUAUCAGGCAUUGGGACGAGUUAUCCGAUGAGGGUCUUAUAAGGCUCUGGGCUCAUGAGGGCUUAAGACUGUUUAGUGAUCGUCUUAUUGGUAAGCAUGAACGGGAUUGGACUUGGGAUAUGAUUCGCGAAGUAGCGUCCAAGCAUUUUCCAGGUGCUGAUGUGCGGACAGCACUGAAUGGUAGCAUUCUAUAUUCCAGUUGGCUAUCAAGGACAUAUAGUCCUGUUGAACAGGAAACUUUAAGACAGUUCAUCAAGGCUAGAAUGAAGACCUUUUGCGAGGAAGAACUAGACACUCCCCUUGUACUAUUUGACGAUCUUUUAGACCAUAUUUUGAGGAUUGACAGAGUGUUGAGGCAGCCACAGGGACAUUUAAUUUUAAUUGGUGUGAGCUCCUCCGGAAAAGUAAGUUUGAUACAUUAG